AUGCCCAGCCUACUCAUUCUCCUCUUUAUGAUCUUCUUUCUCCUGGAGUCUGGGGUAGGAAUCAUAGGAAAUGGUUUCAUCAUCAUAGUGCUGGGCAGGGAGUGGGUACGAUAUUGGACCCUGCCCACUGGUGCCAUGAUCCUGGCCAGCCUGGGCAUCUCCCGUUUCUUUCUACAUUGGGUGACAAUUAUUAGCGACUUCUAUGCAUAUUUCUCCCCAACUAACAGUAGUCUAUACAUUGGCAGUUUCUGGACUUUUAUGAACAUGAUCACACUCUGGUUUACCUCCUGGCUUGCUGUUUUCUACUGUGUGAAAAUUUCUUCCUUCACUCACCCAAUCUUCCUUUGGCUGAAAUGGAGAAUUUCCCGAUUUGUACCCUGGCUACUGUUGUGGUCCCUACUGAUAUCCACAUUGAUAUUUAUCCCAAAUUUUGUAAAGAUUUAUGACAUAUCACAUCUACCAGUCACUGGGAAUUACUCAGAAAAGACCACUUGGAAUAAUAGGACACGUGCAUAUCAGAGGCAUUUUUUCAUGCCACUGCAAAUCUUCAUUUUGUUAAUUAAUUUCCUUUUCUUCCUGGUCUCCACCAUCUCCCUCAUUUCCUCCCUGUGCCAACACUUGGGGAACAUGCAGCACCACAGUGUUGCUCCUCAGGAUCCAAGUAUGCAGGUCCACAUCACAACCCUGAAGUCACUCUUCUUCUUUCUAAUCCUCUAUACAUCAAUGAUAUUGCCUCUGAUCGUCGCUGCCACGGACACUAUUUCAGUUUGCAGCUCUCGGUUUUGGGUUUGGGAGGUAGUGACCUAUGCUGGCAUCUCCAUCCACCCUGCCUUUCUGAUCCUGAACAACUCAAAACUGAGAAGGGCUCUGAAGAAGAUGCUGCAUGACCCAGAGGCCGCCUGA